CAUUUUCAGUCGCGGGAAAUUUGUUAUGGCUGUCCGUGAAGACGGACAUCAACUUCACAGAAUUACAGUAUUAUUAUUAACUAAAUUAUAACUGGCAUUUUUAAAUCCAGUGUGUCAUGAUUAAGCUGAGAUAUAACAUCUUUUUCACAUAGAAGGAAUAGUCAGAAUGUCGGAGGAAAGUCUCACAAGCCAAGAUAAAGAAGAACUGAAGAAGCGACUGGAGCUGCUGCAGAAAGAGUAUGAGAGAACGGCUCAGAGAUUACAGCGUGCUGAGCGGAGGGAGGCGGUACGUAAACAUGUCCAGAGCAGAAUCUCAGAGCACAACCGGCUGCUGCACAUCAACACCUCAGUCACACUGGAACAAAGCUCUUCUUCUUCUCCAGAGCAGCUUUCUAGCUGCAGCGCUCCUUCAGAAAGCACUAAAGUUCGUUUCCGCCUUCCUGGUGCCUCUCCGUUUUCCACCCUGACGUGUAAAGGAAGCCCGUCUCGAUCCCACCGUCUCCGCUCCAAGCGCAGCCUUCUGCGUCUGCAGACCAGGGAGAAAGAGUCUGAUACUGAAGAGAGUCAAGAAAAGAUGAGGGAGGGAAUGGAGGAGAGGUGGAGGGACGAGCGCAGAGAGAUGGAGGGAGAGCGUGAGUGGACCAGUGAGGAAAAGAAGGAUGUGGAGAAAGGACAGGCUGAAGAGGAAAGAAAACAGGAGGAGGAGGAGGAGAGAAGAGAGCAGGCAGAAAUGAUGAAGGAUGUUUUGGAAAAAAAUGAAGAAAAUCUGACACCAGAAAAUCACCAAUCAGCAGCCGAGAGUUCUUCUGUCAACCAGUCACCUCUAACGAAGCUGUUAGAAAUCCAUGACCCUCCUGCAGGUCAGUCAGCUUUCAGAAACUCCCCAUCGACCUCCAGUGAUAAUUCUGUCCCAUCUAAUGAAAUGUCCGGUCAGUCCUGCUCCAUUAACAACGCAGAGAAAAGCUCAGAUUUUUUAACGUCCUGUACUUUAAUUGAAGGUUUGCCAUUUCCUGUUGAGUAUUACGUUCGUACCACCAGGAGAAUGGCGUCGGCUCACAGCUCUGUGGAUCUGGACGCAGUGAUCCAGAGCCAGCUCUCCAAUGGGCGGGGAAGACGAAGGGCAAGCAGAGGUCGCGUUACCUCGCAGCCUUCAUCCCAAAAACUUCCUGAAAAAAGUAGCAGUAGAAGAUGUGGUCAAAGAGGAUGGCAGGGACGCAGGAGGACACGUGAGUCUGAUUCGUCCGGUCAGUCCGAAUCCCUCGACCAGUCCCCCUGUUCUCUUCCACAGGAAGAGUCUGAGCCAACCCCAUCACCCAAUCCUAGCUCAGACCCUCAGCUUCACCUCAGCUGUGAGCUCUCCACUGAUCCACACGUCUAUCCUAUUUUCAGGAGGAGGUGUGGACGGGCCAGCGUGUCCCGUUCUCGGAUUUCUACAAGAAUUAAAGGUUCCUCUCAGCUUCUGCCUUCAUUAACAUCUCUCACUCAGGCUUUGAGAACAAAGGAUUUCCGAAACCUCAGCGGUCUGCUAACGAUACUGGACGUGCAGGACUUUCACCUACCUGAUGACGAGUUCGGUCAGCUGAAACUGGAGCGGCUCUGCUCAUCCUGCCCUAACUUGGACUCGCUCUCAUGCAGCUCGCGGUUCAGAAAGAGCAGGAGUACAAACAGUCCAGAAGGUGGACAGGUAGAAAAUAAGAAGGUUGUUCUGAACUCAUUACCACAUGCUGCUUCUUUGGAAAGUCUUCUUCCUUUGACGUGUCCUGCACAGACACAGGUGGAGGUGGAGAACACUGACCAAUCAGAGUGUGAGGUCACAAGCCAAGCUCUCGAUAAGAUGCAGGAGCCUGUACACAGAUCUAUCACAAACCAAACAGAAGUACAGCAGAACGGAGAAGCUGUGAAACACACACCGCUAAUCACAUCAAAUGAUCCUCACACACCCUCUGCUAGCAGGAGUUUAAUGCUAAACCUUAGCAUGUCCUUGACCUCACACACCCAGAUCGAUCACAAUUCCUCUCUCAUCACACUGGGGGCGACCCCGAACCUGUUUACCGUAUCUCCUUCCUCACAGCUCACACCUUUCCUCUCCAUGCCUGAUCAGGGUGUUGCUUCAGAACAAUCUCAGGUGGAAAUGAAUAAUGGGACACCUGAAAACUUUAGCAAAGAAGCUACAAACCUUUUAACAAGCCCUAGGGUGCAGACACAGGGGCGAGAGGUCUCUGAGCAUACUUACAGCAAGAGUUGUCACUCCAAUGGCCCUGAAAUGGAGGAUGAAGCACCUGAACCAGCAAUGAACGCUGAAGUGGAGAUACAAGGGUGUGGCAUUACUGAUGAAAGAGGAGCGAUGGAGGUGAAUAUCAGCCCACAAGAAAAAAAUACAGAAAUCCCCAUACUGACAAACGACGUCCUGAUUUUCUCAGAAAGCGAGAGCCAGCGUCAUUCUCAAAAUGAGCCUGAGAAGACUUCAGACACUGAGGACUCCAUCUCUGGACUGGAUUUUCAUUCCCAAACCCUGACAAGCAGAAACUCACCACGUGGAGAUAUUAGCAACGGGUUAAACGUCGAGACCUCGGCACUUACGGGUGUCUCAGCCAAGCAGAGACAAGAUAGUGAAGCUGCUCUAUCUUUGAAUUUAGUUCAAACCAGUCAAACACACAGAGAUGCUCAGAGUCAACAUGUGGAGCUCCUUUCCCGUGGAUCUCUCCAGAAAACUCAUACGCUGAAGGCACUGGACGGAGGGUGUGUGUUGGACGUGUGUUUAGUGCGGUGGCCUUCUGAGGACUGGUGUGUGUGUGUGGCUGGAGAGUGGAGUGUGUGUGUUUGGAAGCAGAACCCAGGAGACCAGCAGUGGAAACUUCUGUACACUUGGACCUUUACACAAUCAGUGAUCUCUCUUCAGGGGAUUCCUGACUCUUCUGCUCUGCUGUGUGUGUGUCUGGGGAGGCUGGAGAUCACAGAAGCAAGGAUACUGUACUGCCCCAGCACAGACAGUGAGUUCUCUCAGAUUGAGCUGUAUAAAGGAGCUCUGCAGGCUGUGCUCGCGGUCUCGGAUCGCAGGGUCACGUGUUGUUCUGCUCCGGGAGCUCACCAAAACCUGCAGGUGUUUACACUUACUCAGGAUGGCAGGAUGGCAGAAACUCUGUCCCUGGUCUCCUCCUAUGAAACAGUCCAGACCCUGGUGAUGGUGGAGAGGGAAAAAGACGCUCUGAUUGGUUGGACCGAACACAAGAGUUUUCUCAUAUGGAACAUGAAAUCAGGUCAGCUGCUCCAGACCGUCCGCCUGGAGGAGAGCAUUUCCACGGCAACCUGUCUGAGAGGAUACUCCCACAGGGGUGUGUUGUGUGUGUUACUGCAGGAGGUGAGUGCAUGUCAUGAAGAUACUGCUUCCCCUCUUUUCACUCUGAUUGCUACAAAUCCACUCACAGGAAAGUCUUUGACUCUGAGGACCUUCAGCCCCGCCUCGUCUCCCUCAGAGCGGUUGGUGGACGGUGAUGUGUGUGAGUCUGCCCUUGUGGGUGUUUUCCAGUCAGGUCUGACCAUCUGGAACCUCACAGGGGGCGUGGCCUGUGUUUAUGCAAAUGAGUCAGCUGAAACGUGCCGCCUGGCGCGGUGGGCGGGGCCAAACACACUCCUUACAGGAUACCUGAGUGGGGAUGUUCAUAUUUAUCAGUUUAAUCCUACAGAGAACAUUUCAGACUGAAAGGAUUUUUAAUGAUAACAGUGUGCUUAAGAAAACAAAUUAUUUAAAAAAAAUGUUUAUAACUGAAGAUAAGAGAGAUUUUAGUCAAAUAAAACACACACACACACACACACACACACACACACACGUUGGUGAAUUGGAUGUGUUGUGUAUCAGUGUGAAUUUUCAGUUUUACCUGCAAAAUAAAAUAUUAU